AUGUCGUCCACUGUCGUCCAUGUCAAGAACAUUGCCCACAACACGAGCGAGAAAGAAGUGAGAGACUUCUUCAGCUUUUGCGGAAAGAUCACAUCCCUCUCUGUGACCCCUGCGUCCGAAGCCGAAAACAGCCCGCAGAGUGCAACAGUCACCUUCGAGAAAGAGACAGCCGCAAAGACAGCGCUUCUCCUCGACAAUACCCAACUCGGCAGCUCCCAAGUCCAAGUCUCAAGCGCCGCCGGCAUCAGUGAGCUAGCCGGCACUAACACCGAAGAUGCCUCCCGCGACGAGCACGACAUUUCGCAAGAGGACAAGCCGCGCUCGCGCAUCGUUGCCGAAUACCUCGCCCACGGCUACGUGAUCAGCGAUACCGCGAUCCAACGUGCCAUUGCCCUCGACAACAAGCACGGUGUCUCCAAUCGCUUCACCAACGCUCUUACACAAUUCGACGCAAAAUACAAGGCGACUGAUCGCGCCAAGGGUCUUGACCAGAGCUACGGCAUCACUGAUAAAGCGACUGCGGGAUGGAGGGCAUCAACUCAUACUUCGAGAAAGCGAUGGGCACGCCUACUGGUCAGAAACUGGCAAGCUUCUACACGCAGAGUGACAAGCAGGUUCGAGACAUCCACGCCGAGGCACGGCGCUUGGCGGAUUUGA